AUGACCCUGCGUGUUUUAAAAUGCAUAUAUUUUUGUAACAUGGAUCGAGAUAGUCAAAGUAUUUUGUCAAUUCUUGAGGAAUCGGACUUAGACAAAAACUUGUCCGAUAACGAUUACGCGGAUAAAGAGGAUCACGUGAAUAUUUGUAGUCAGGCAAUCGAUACGGAACAAGAAAGCUCAGAAAGUGAUGACGAUAAUGUCCAGCUGAGGGAAAAUAGAAUGGAGUUGUAA